CUGGCGGAGGGCUUCCCCCGCUUUCCCGGGACCACAGUUCCCAGAGACUUGACUUCGCGGCUUUUCUCUCUGUGUUCUGUCUCUCUUGGAGCUGGCUAGGCCAGUGGGCCCACGGCGACGACGUGGUUUGGCGUGUCCAGUGUCAGGGUGUACUCUUCUGCGAGUUUUCUGUUCUUUCAGCCACUUUUGACGGACAGGCCGUCGCAGCUGGCCUGAGCAGUGACCUGGCGGGCCGCGCCUGCGCCCUGCCGCGUUUCCUGCCUGGCUGGUGGCGGCGGCCAUUUUGUUCGUUCUCCUCCUCCUCCUGCUCCUCCUGGUUGGAGCUCAGUGUCCGGAGCGGGCUGGGGGGAGCGGACCGGAGAGCUGGGCUCAGUACCUUUUCCUCUGUCCCCAGCCGGAGCCCGGAGCCCCCCUCCCCUUCCUUCCCACCCCCUCCCCUCCCCAACCCUGCCCUCCCCCUUGUCCCGGGAUCACUCCGUCGCACCCACCAUGAUGGAAGACGACGGACAGCCCCGGACUCUAUACGUAGGUAACCUCUCCAGAGAUGUGACAGAAGUCCUUAUACUCCAGUUAUUCAGUCAGAUCGGACCCUGUAAAAGCUGUAAAAUGAUAACAGAGCAUACAAGCAAUGACCCAUAUUGCUUUGUGGAAUUUUAUGAACACAGAGAUGCAGCUGCUGCAUUAGCUGCUAUGAAUGGGAGAAAAAUUUUGGGAAAGGAGGUCAAAGUAAACUGGGCAACAACACCAAGUAGCCAGAAAAAAGACACUUCCAAUCACUUCCAUGUGUUUGUUGGGGAUUUGAGUCCAGAAAUUACAACAGAAGAUAUCAAAUCGGCAUUUGCCCCCUUUGGUAAAAUAUCAAUUGCUCAUAAGAAUGGACAGGAUCUUGAAGGCUAACUGCAAGGAACUGUGCACACUGGAACUCAGUUGUAGAUUUUUUUUCUCAUUUCUAUUUAUUCUUAUUAUACAUUAUUUAUAUAUACAUAUUUUAGUAUUUACAUUUUAACAUUCUAUAUUCAGUGGAGUUCUAUAUUUCCAAUCAUUUUAACUUACUCACUAAAAUUUCUGUGUAAAUUUGUUGUUUUCGUACUGGUGUGCUUAGCGUUGUUGUUAGUUUUUUAUUCUCCUUUCUUAAAUUUCUGAAAAUGUCAAUUUUUCAAAAUUUACAGCUGCCCAAACUCCAAAAUGAUGAUAGAGAAUUGACCAAGAAAAAUAAAGAAAUCUGUUAACAGGCCAUGGAUGCCCGGGUAGUUAAAGACAUGGCAACUGGAAAGUCCAAAGGCUAUGGUUUUGUAUCUUUUUAUAACAAACUGGAUGCAGAAAAUGCAAUUGUGCAUAUGGGGGGUCAGUGGUUGGGAGGUCGACAGAUCAGAACCAAUUGGGCCACACGUAAACCUCCUGCCCCUAAAAGUACACAAGAAACUAACACUAAGCAGUUGAGAUUCGAAGAUGUAGUAAACCAGUCAAGUCCAAAAAAUUGCACUGUGUACUGUGGAGGAAUUGCUUCUGGGCUGACAGAUCAGCUUAUGAGACAAACAUUUUCACCAUUUGGACAAAUUAUGGAAAUUAGAGUUUUUCCUGAGAAGGGCUAUUCAUUUGUCAGAUUUUCAACUCAUGAAAGUGCAGCCCAUGCCAUUGUUUCUGUGAAUGGUACUACAAUCGAAGGACAUGUGGUUAAAUGCUAUUGGGGUAAAGAAUCUCCUGAUAUGACUAAAAACUUCCAACAGGUUGACUACAGUCAGUGGGGCCAGUGGAGCCAAGUGUAUGGAAACCCACAGCAGUAUGGGCAGUAUAUGGCUAAUGGGUGGCAAGUGCCUCCCUAUGGAGUAUAUGGGCAGCCAUGGAACCAACAAGGAUUUGGAGUAGAUCAAUCACCUUCUGCUGCUUGGAUGGGUGGAUUUGGUGCUCAGCCUCCUCAAGGACAAGCUCCUCCUCCUGUAAUACCUCCUCCAAAUCAAGCUGGGUAUGGAAUGGCAAGCUUCCCAACACAGUGAGCUGGGACUCUAAACACAGUUGUAACUCACCAUAAGCUGCAGUUUCCUGUGACAUUCUGAAGACAUGAAAAGUAAACAUCGGAAAGUGAAAAUAUUUAUUUUAAAAAUUGAAAUGUUUGGAACCUUUAGCACAGCUUUGCUUGGUGAAGGACACGUGUCUUCUAGUUCUGCCUUUUUAAGGUUUUGUUCAUGAUGGAUAUGAACAUGAUUUUUCUUUGUGUACAAAACAAAAAUAAAGUCAAUAAAGACAAUUCUGACUAUAAAUUUUGAUAUAAUAGGAGAAAUGGGUAAUAUGUUUUGAUUCUUAGACACUAUUCCGUUUUUAUCUUGCUGUUCAGUAUUUUAACUCACUGUGUUUUUAAAAGUGCAAAAAAGGGAGUAUCGUAAAACUGAGAAUCACAUCAGUUCGUCCUGAAUUCUGAUACUCCCCUCCCAUCCCUGAGGUGGACCACAUUGAAGUCAGCAGCAGGAAAAGUGUGAUUUCAGAAGAAAUACAUGAUAUGGGAAUCGCUGUGGAAGAAAUACUUAUUUCUCUCUCUGUUAAAGAAACUGAAGCCAGACUGGAAGCUUGCAGCCUAAAUAAGGAACAGCGUCUUGAGCGAAUGUUGGUGGUCCACAGUAAUACAUAUUUUUAAAACUUUCAAAGUGUUGGUUUUCAAAAAUGUAGUAUAUUACAUUUCAUUUGGGGGGAAAUUCCAAGUAUGGUGUUUAUAUUAAAGUCAGACAGUCAUACUUGUCUUUUACAUGGAGUUCAAAUGAUAAACAUUGUAAAUAUUGAAUAACUACAGUGUUUCAAAAGCAUGCUUCAACAUAGAAGUAGCAGCAAUGUAAUUAUUCGAGGUGACAAGUAACACAGUCUCACUGCAGCUGACUGCAGUGCCCAGUAACAAUGUUUAAGGGACAUUUCAAGUUGGCCAUGUAAAAUUAAAAUGACACAAAUGACUACACAGAAGAAGCCUUAAUUUAAUUUCAUACAAUCUUUGAUGCAUUAGUGUAUUCUAAAUUGUAAGUGGAAGUAAGUUAGAUUUGGGCUUUUUCCCCCCCCCCUUUAUUUGGUACAAAAUACUUUGAUUAAAACCCAGUGAAAUGAUUUCAAGGUUCCUAUAAAGUUGUAUAGCACAAUUUUUUUUUAAAAAAUCUUGGGAUGUUUUUAAAAAUUAGAUACAUUUUGCCCAAGAUUUUUUUUAAACAAGAUUGCUAAAAUAUCUUAUUUAGACAGCUUGAUGUACCAAUUUAUAAUUGGAUAUUCAAUUUAAGUCCUACACAAAGUUGUGACUUUUAUUCCUAAUUUGUUCCUUUUCCCUGUGGGGAGUGUGUGGGUGACAAGCCUGAACAGGCCUGAGUUGUAUGUGUGCAGUUUGUAAAUGAAUCUGUUGGGAAGAUGCGGGAGUUGGGGUGUGCUCCCGCAGCAUCUUUCAGUCUGUGUGGAUACAGUCUGCCUCAUAGUUCUAUAACACAGGAGUGUCAAGUAGGUACAGUCCUGUGUGCUUCAGUUGUGACAGCUAGGGGUGCAGAUGUCCUGGCAGUGCACUAACCUGUUGGCCCGUGCGUGCGCAAGAGCGAACAGCCCCUAACAGUUCCGUGGGGGGGGGGGGGGGGAGAUGCAGCUGGUGUCCCAGCUCAGCCAUUGGAGUCUAAAGAUUAAGAUAAUGUGGUUUUAUAUAUUGAUGACCACAAAAAUCCAGGUGUUUAUUUCCUCCUUCACUUAGGAAUACAGCCAAAUGUAUUUAGUAUAAAAAUUUACAGGGUCUGAAGUUUAUUUUUUAACCAAAAUCUUAUGUACUUUAGUUUUUUUUUAAAACCACAAUGGCCCUGUGUUAUACUCAUUUAUCACUAAAUAUACCCCUCUCGCUUUUGAUCAUCCUACCUUUGGGGGAUGUUCUGGAAAAGGUACUUUAUAUUUUAUAAGAAGAAAACAAGACGCUGUAUUCUGCCCCUGAGUUAAGAUUUUCAUUAACCGUUGUGAAACUCAAACAUCCUAAAGAUUUUCUAAGUUGAUAAAUUGAUGAGAGCUUAUUAAAUUAAAUUUUCAGUUUGCCUUUUUUUCCUCUGCCAGUAAAUGAAGUGGCUUAUUGAGAUAACCAAUGGCUAACUCUAGCUGUAGUCUUUUCUGUUAUAUAGUCUAUGAUUUAGUAAAAUUAUCCAGAGUAGUUACAUUGCCAUUACAGUGAGCAUGUGACUGACAUGUCUUUUGUCUUAAUUUGGAUGAGAAAAGAAGGUUUCCUGAUAAGUCAGUCACAGUCACGUCACAGCACAUAGUUUUAAGAUAGAAAGGGACACGUCCAAACGAAGUGCACCAUUUCAGAGAGUACAGAGAUGAUGCUAACACGGUUCAGACUGUCUUCUCCUCGGAUUGGAGUCCGUGCCGUCUCAGUCCACUUUAAGCCUAAGAACUGUUGCCUUUUCCUUCCUGUGUUCAUUAAGAACAGCAGAGACUCUUUGGCAUGCAAGGAAAUGUCUCUUCAUAGUUUCUUGAGAUUUAUCUUGGUGUGUUUCUGCCUGCCAUGUCUGUGCUUGAACCCUUUCUACCCACAUUCCCCCGGUGCCAGUCCGUCUGGUCUUUAUGUGUGCCGGCAGUGAGAGGCCCGCCAAAGCCAAAGCUGUAAACCACAGUUGAAGUAAGUCUGUCAAUAAAGACGAGACUAUGUAA